UUGAAUGACUCUCUAGUUGCAGAUGAGUUCGUUGCUCGAUCGAUUCCGAAAGAAGCUCAUAAACUGAGAGGAAAAGCUCUUGUGGAUUAUGUAAACAAACAACAGCCGUUUUUCAAGGCAGAAUACUCGCCACUCUUCGAGUUACGCAUGAGAAGUUUGAUGAAAACUGAAUUUCUCCAGAAACCUCGUAGUUUCAAAAUCAAGGCAAGAACGAAUAAAUCAGUCAUCAAUGCCAACAUUCCUGAAAGCUUUGACGCAAGAGACAAAUGGAAGAACUGUCCCUCCAUAGGAUAUAUUCGCGACCAAUCAAAUUGCGGUACGGGUCCACUACAACAGACUCAAACCAGUGUGUCCCGUAAGAUGGAAAUUGUGAAGAAAUUGCAAGGAAUGUUGAAAAGUGUCUUUAUAGGCUCAUGCUGGGCUGUGUCAGCGGCGGAAACCAUGUCCGAUCGCAUUUGUAUACAAUCAAGGGGUAGAGUAAAGGGCGUCUGUAAGCCGUAUCCCUUCCAUCCGUGUGGACAUCACUUGAAUCAAACAUUCUAUGGCUUCUGUCCGAAAGACAGAUUAUACCGUACACCAACGUGCAAACAGUACUGUCAGUAUGGAUAUGGAAAACGUUACAAAAAUGAUAAGAUUUAUGCUAAAUCGGCAGAUUUUGUUGAUGGAGGUGAGGUAGCUAUUCAAGAGGAAAUCAUCAGAAAUGGACCAGUUCAAGCGGGCUUCAUUGUAUAUGAAGACUUCUCCCAUUACAAAAAUGGGAUAUAUGUGGUAAGAUCAAGAUUCCACAUACAACUUAUAAGUGAAAAUGAUCCAAUCUAA